AUGAAAGCUUUAUUUGGUGGUUCAAAGAAGAAGAAAGACAAGAAGGAUACUGGGCCUAAAGAGCCAGUUCCCACUCUUGGAGAAACCUCAUCUAACCUAGGUUCUCGAGCAUCUGUACUUGAAGGAAAGGUUAAGAAAUGCAACGAAGAACUCAAACCUGUUUUGGAACAGCUCAAGAAAGCUAGCAAGAGUACUAAAAAGGGAAUCCAGGGUCGAGCUCUAAAUAUCAUAAAAAGAAGGAAAAUGUAUGAAAAACAACUAGGCGUACUCCAGAACCAACAGUUCAACGUGGACCAGGUUGCGUUCACCAGCGAGUCCAUCCAGGGUAACAUAAACAUGUUCGCUGCCAUGAAGGAAGCCACUGAGGUCCAGAAGGUCCAGAUGGAAAAGAUCAACUACAAUGACUUAGAAGACAUGUACGACAAUAUGGCAGAUAUGAUGGCCGACCAGGAAGAAAUCAACGAUAUGAUGGCUAGAGAUUUUGGAGUUGACGAACUUGACGAAGACGAAAUGCUAGAAGAGCUCAAUGAGCUCGAUGAAGAACUAGCCAUGGCAGAGAUGGAAGGGGAUAUCUCAGGCGGUAUGGGCAUGGCAGCCGAGAAGAAUAAGAAGGAAGAAGAAGAUGUACUCAAUGAUAUCAUGAAUUAG